AUGCUGUGGGAUCGAGGAGUUAUUUGGCAACAUUGCUGCGACAUGACUAUCAUUGACGGGAAGUGGGUGGACCUUCCACAGAUUCACUGGACACACAAAUGACCACUCCAAUUCUUGUUUUGACCAUUAAAAGGUUUUAUCGAGAUUACAAGCACCAACAUUGAAGCCAGUUGGAGAGUCACCAUGGUGUCUGCAGGAGAGCUGCUGCUGUUAGCCGGCCUAGUCUUGGCUGUACCUGCCAAAGGAGGGUUUUCCCAAACCAACCAUUUGGUGACAGCCCCACAGACAACGCAAUUUCUAGAGAUCGGCUCUAACUUCAAGGCUACAUGCAUGAUCAUCAACACAACGGAAGUUACAGCUGAUGACCUCUACUGGAAACUGUCUGAGACUACUGUAUCCAAAGAGCUGUACACCAAGCUCAAUGAAUCGGCUAUCAGUGUCACGAUCCCCGUCACCAGUGGAAAAUCUCAAUGGUUAUUUUGCAGGGCAAAAGAGGAAAAGUCCUCCUACGUUUACCUGAACCCAGGCAAAUUUAUGUACGGGGUCUUACUGAAGAAAGGCUAUCCACCAGGGAAGCCUGAGAAUGUUUCCUGUGUGGCCGUUCAGGAGAAAACUACAAUCUCCAGCACCUUCAGCUGUCAGUGGGCGACAGUCGGACGUCAAACCAGCGAUGUCCCGACAGAAUACACCCUGAAUGUUGUAGUCAUUCACAGUCAGAACUACAGUGUGUCCACGGAGGGAACCCACGCCCAAGUGGACCUUGGUGACACUUACCCCCAUUUUAUGAACCUGGAGGUUUGGGUGGAAGCACACAAUAAACUGGGAAAAAUUGAGUCUGAGCAUAUAACUCAAGAUGCUAACUCGUUUGUCAAAACAAACCCUCCAUCAGACAUCAAAGUUAUUUCAGAGAAGGAUUUUCCCACCUCUCCUCUGAUGAACUGGACUCAGCCUAUUGAUAAAACUUAUGGGAAAUUAAAAUAUGAAAUAAGAUUCUGCGCAAUUGGAUCUCCAAAUUGGACUUAUGUACCUAAAAGAGACAUAGCCAUGGACAUCCAGAGCUUCAGACUCCAGAGCCUUCAGCCAUACACAGAAUAUAUCACUCAGGUGCGCUGCCAACUGGGCGACUGGAGCGACUGGAGCGACAACACAACCACGAAAACAGCAGAGGACCGACCAACAAGUAAACCAGAUGUGUGGAGAACCAUUGCUGAGGUUGACGGCAAAAAUGAACGGCGAGUGCAGUUUGUCUCCAUGUCAGAUCCACCAGGGAAGCCUGAGAAUGUUUCCUGUGUGGCCGUUCAGGAGAAAACUACAAUCUCCAGCACCUUCAGCUGUCAGUGGGCGACAGUCGGACGUCAAACCAGCGAUGUCCCGACAGAAUACACCCUGAAUGUUGUAGUCAUUCACAGUCAGAACUACAGUGUGUCCACGGAGGGAACCCACGCCCAAGUGGACCUUGGUGACACUUACCCCCAUUUUAUGAACCUGGAGGUUUGGGUGGAAGCACACAAUAAACUGGGAAAAAUUGAGUCUGAGCAUAUAACUCAAGAUGCUAACUCGUUUGUCAAAACAAACCCUCCAUCAGACAUCAAAGUUAUUUCAGAGAAGGAUUUUCCCACCUCUCCUCUGAUGAACUGGACUCAGCCUAUUGAUAAAACUUAUGGGAAAUUAAAAUAUGAAAUAAGAUUCUGCGCAAUUGGAUCUCCAAAUUGGACUUAUGUACCUAAAAGCGACAUAGCCAUGGACAUCCAGAGCUUCAGACUCCAGAGCCUUCAGCCAUACACAGAAUAUAUCACUCAGGUGCGCUGCCAACUGGGCGACUGGAGCGACUGGAGCGACAACACAACCACGAAAACAGCAGAGGACCAGAAACUGGCCCAGGCCAAAGAGGAGAACCUGGACAUGCACCAGGUGUUGGACCAAACCCUCCUGGAGCUCAACAAUCUAUAGAGCCCUCCUCCGAGCUCCCAGCACACCACAUCAGAUGUGACGAUUGGUUCAGAACUAGAUCUAUGGAGCCCCCUACCAAGUGUCUUUAUGCAAACUAAGAGCUAUUUGGUGUGCAUUAGAAACUGUUGGAGGUCAUCAGAAGGAUCCUGUCAUCAAUAAAAAAGGUCUUGUGUGCACGUGGAAGUCAUAGAAAACAAUAACAUCAAGAGAAGUUGUUGCUUAAAAAAAAAGUUUGACCAAAACAUGACACAGCAGUUCUAAGUAAGUAAUGAUAAAAACAUGAUAGUUACUACUGCACACAAAAUACAUUUCUCCUUUACCCAACAGUUUCUGAUGUGCACUUGAAAACGUAUUUGUUGUCUUUCUAUUGGUUGAUAAAGUGUGUUACAGAUAUGUCCCAGAUAUGUUAUAGACGUACACUAACUCAUCUGAUCUACCGUACCAAUUUUGGGGCAAUACAAUUGUAUUAUGUUAAAAAAACACACAUUUAGGCAGUUAUUUAGGUCCUUUUUAGGCAGGUUUAUUAUGCAUUUUAGAUUAUGCAUUAGAGUUAUUUUCCAAAUACAAAAACAAAAUAGAGGAAAUGUGUGUGAGACUGUUUUUACAUGUUAAAAGCUGAAUUGAAUAAAGAGUUGGGAGCUGUAAUACUGACUGAUCUAACUGAAUAAAAGUUGUAUAUCUUUUAAAAA